AUGCUGACACUAUCUGACUACGUCGAGUGUUGCGACGAUAUACCCAGCGCCUUUUUGGCAGCUACACAUCCCGACAAAUACCCACGAGCGUGCCUGGACGACGAUACCUAUAUACCCAAUCGUCCUAGCGAGUGGCCUACAACGCCGACUCGGCGGUCGUAG